AUGAGGGAGAACAUCAUUAAGAAAACAGUCUCAUGGGACGCAUGCUAUGACUCGGCGGGUGAUACCGGGUUGUCUCGGCGAGCAUUGAACGCCACCCCGACCGGGUACCUUGAUCAGCGGCCGCACAUAACAUGGGAAAUCCGUCUCCAUACAAGCCGGAAGAGAUAUGAUUAUUGCGACAGCAGCGUGGCCUCAAUUGUAGGCAUACCGCUUUCCCCCGGCCGACGAAUCUUAUCGGUCCCCGGGUUCCCGGAGGUGUGGAUCCCCGAGGAUCCGUCAGAUACAGCGAAUCAAAACCCUUCACUCGGUUCAGCCGGAGGGGUUAUCGGUGGCAUAUCGCAGUUCACUAUCAUUUGCCGAAGCAAGCUGCAUACGUUUCCUUCUAUGCGAUCUUCAGAGUCUAUGGGCAGAAGAUCCACCGGCGAAUACAAUCUGCGGACCUGGGGCGAUGGAAGGAUGACAAGCACCCAUUCUUGCAUGCCCUGCACCUUCGUUUUUGCGUUUGCGAAAGUUUGCCCUAGGGCAAACAAACUUGAAAGUUGGGAAAUGCCUGAGAUCUUAACGGCCGCCAGUUCCAAGAUCCCGCCCGCCCAAAUGAACAUCCCUGCAUUCCCGCCGCCUUGUCUCACCGCCCCCUGCGAGGCGCGAAGAAAGGGUCCAACCUGCUCAGCUGGCAGCUUUGGUCUCGCCCUGUUGGGGGAAGGGGGCCGCCGGCAGGGGAAUAUUGUUACUGUUACUUCUUUAAGCGACUCGCGCUUAUGGGCACUUUCUCAACAGUUUUGUCACACAACUUUCUGCUCGAGAAACACACUGACCAUGAUCGAACCCACCACCGAGAUCGCGCAUACGAAGCGCGCUUCGCCUGUCGCAUCCAGGGCGCCCAGGCUUGCUCACUCACAAAAGUUAAAGACCAUUGACACGAGCCGGAGGAAGAAGCUUGUCCAAUGGCUCUUUGACAACCAGACAAACCUUGCCUUCCAUACAACUGCCCCUCUACUCCUCACACACAUCUGCAUCCCCGCGGCACGUCCGUAUACAUCCAAGUUCAUCAAACUCUCAUAUUACAACACGACAACCGGCAAGUAUGGCGCCGGCCACGACGACCUCUACUUUGUCGCAUUCUGCGUGGUUCUCCUCAUUGGCAUCCGAGCCGCGCUGAUGCGCCACGUUCUUGAGCCCCUCGGCCGGCAUUGGGGCAUAUCGAAGAAGAAGGAUGUCGCGAGGUUCUCAGAACAGGGCUCGAUGCUCACGUACUACAGUGUCCUAUGGCCAUACCUCUAUUGCAAGGCGCCAUACUACCUUAACAUGAAGGAGCUGUGGAACAAUUGGCCCCAGCGAGAGCUCGGCGGGUUGAUGAAGGGAUAUAUCAUGGUACAAUGGGCAUACUGGGUCCAGCAGGUCAUCUCAGUGAAUAUUGAGGCUCGGCGCAAGGACUACUGGGAGAUGAUUGUGCACCAUGCCAUCACCAUCUCCCUCAUUGCCGCAUGCUACGCGUAUCACCAAACCCGCGUUGGUCAUCUCAUCUUGGUCUUGAUGGACGUCAUUGAGUUGAUCUUCCCUCUGGCCAAGUGCCUCAAAUACAUCGGUUUCACAACCCUCUGCGACGUUAUCUUUGGCGUCUUCCUCUUGGUCUGGGUCUGGACGCGUCACGUAUUCUACCUCAUGACCUGUUGGAGCGUCUACUAUGAUCUGCCCCGAUCUCUUAAAGAGCCAUGCUUUCGAGGCGCUCCGGGCAAUAUUGAAGGCCCUUUCCCGGCACCUAAAGAGGGGUGGUCCCACCUUCUCGAACCGUUCAAGGACCCCGCGGGCACGGUAUGCUUCACCGACGGCAUUCGGUACGGCUUCUUGACUUUUCUCCUUGCACUUGAGCUUGUCAUCUGCGCGUGGUCGUUCUUCAUUAUUCGUGUCUCAGUGAGAGUGCUCAAGGGGGCUCCCGCCGAGGAUGUUAGGAGCGAUGUUGAUGACGAGGAAGAGGAGGAGGAGAAGAUCGAGUAUGAGGAGAUCGAGGCCAUUGAGGAGGAUGUUGGCGUGGAGUCUAUUGACCUAAAGGCUUGGGACAGGUCGCCUUCCCGGAAGGAGUCUUCGAGCUCUAGGACUCCAAUUCUCCAGUUCAUGACAUACAACUUGCUAGAUUUCUACUCUGAUACUCGUGUUAUCCACCCAUUCAUAUCUUUCAGAGAGGUCUGGUCCCAAAGCACCAUUUUCUGGAGGCGAUACCCGCUCCAUUCGGAGCAAUAUGACGACAUAAACCCUCCGAUUCGGAGGGUAAAAAACUCGUACGCGUCUCAAUUCUCCAGCUCGACCCUCUCCCCCUUUUCCAUUCCUCAGCCUCCCGCAACAAUUCUAUUAUCCGCCAGGGUCUGGUGGGGAUGGCGAAUGGCAGCCACCGUUGGAAACGUGGGUCCAUAUGCUGUGAUUGGAGGCUGCCGAGACAUGGACAUUCGCAUAACUUCGGACUUCACAAACUUAGAUGCAACUAUACGAAUGCUCGCGGAGCUGAAACCAAAGCUCGUAAAAGGCGCGCUGUAUGAGCUGUACAUAUAUCCCAUAAAUCUUCGAUUACUAUCAAAGGACUCCGUCUCCGUCCUCCAACGGGAUAAAAGCUCAAUCUUCCCCUUCUGGACUUCUGCUGACGCCCCCUUGCGCCUGGCCUGCCUGUGUUCGGGACGCCCGCUCAAAUUAUUUGAUCCCCUAAUGAUCUCCAGUCUUGCGACUCUUUUUCUUUGCGCAUCGUGGAGGACGACGACCAAACGAUCGCGACGACGAAGCACUUCACGAACUCCCGCCGAGACCCAAAAUCCCACGAUCUCUUGCAACAUGGGCGCAAACUACAUGGAACUCCAGCCAGGCGCUCAGGUCCCGCCCCAAAUGUUGAAGAGCCGCCAGACAAAAAGCUACUCGAAGCGCAAGAAGACAAGGGUAUUCGCUCUCCUGCGCCGUCGGACCUGGGCGUUCCCCUUGUUCCUCACGAUCGCGAUCCUCUCUCUCUACGCCGUCAAUCCGACCAACUCUAACCCGACGUACCACUUCAUAUUUCCCUCCUACAAGCUCGACGAUGACAGCGUCGGGACAAUUCAAUAUGGCAAGGGACCUUGUGACAUCGCCUUCGUUGCCUUCUACACAAUAUUCCUCACCUUCACCCGUGAGGUCUGCAUGCAAGAGCUCCUGACACCCCUCGCUCGCGCAUGGGGCAUCAAGUCCCGCGCCAAGCGCGCACGCUUCGCGGAGAACAUGUACACAGCACUCUACGUGACCGUCAUCGGGCCCUGGGGUCUCCACGUCAUGAGCCGUACGCCAGUGUGGUAUUUCGACACCCACGGGAUGUAUGAGGGCUUCCCGCACCGCACGCACGACGCUAGCUUCAAGUGCUACUACCUACUACAGGCAGCGUUCUGGGCGCAGCAGGUGGUGGUGAUGGUGCUGGGCUUGGAGCAACGGCGCAAGGACUUUCAUGAGCUUGUCGCGCACCACGUCGUCACGGUUGCGCUCGUUGCGCUGAGUUAUCGCUUCCAUUUUGCGUAUAUGGGUAUUGCGGUGUACAUCACGCACGAUAUCAGCGAUUUCUUCCUGGCAGUGUCAAAGUCGCUGAAUUAUCUCGACAACAAGCUUCAGGGGGUGUCGUUUGGGGUGUGUAUCGCCGUGUGGAUCUACCUCCGGCACUACAUCAAUCUGCGGAUUCUCUAUUCUGCGCUGCCUGGAUCCGAGUUCAGUACCGUUGGGCCAUAUGAGCUGAACUGGGAGACUGAGCAGUAUAAGUGUCCCCUGUCAAACUUCAUCACCUUUGGCCUCUUGGCUUUGUUGCAGGCACUGAACCUGUUCUGGCUGUAUUGCUUACUGCGCAGCGCUUACAAGUUUGUCUUCUUGGGGGUUGCCAAGGAUGAUAGAUCGGAGGAUGAGGAAGUUCCCACAGCUCAGCGGGUCGUUCAAAAGGAAGGACAUGUAAUGACAGCGUCGGAUGUGUCAUCCCACAGUCUUGAUGAAUCCAGGCCUCUAUUAUCGCAAGACUCUGUGCAGCAGAGAAGGCCUAGAAAGGCCACGACAUAG